GUCCUGCUCUCAGUGCCAGCGUGGGUUCAUCUCUGUUCCUCUCUGUUCCUCUCUGUUACUCUCUGUUCUCAGUCUUUACUAAAUCUCAUACUCGGAGGCCUUCACUUCAACCUUGCUAUGUGGAGAGGGCUUCUAUUAGCCUGCCUGCUUCUACACACAGCACAGGCAGAGGAGAGCUCCAAUGGACCGAUAUACCUGGUGACGGUUCCCUCUCAAAUUUUCGGAGGCACCACAGAGACAUUCUGCGCCCAACUCCUCCACCCCAAUGAGAGCCUCACUUUCACUGUCACCAUGGAGACCAAUGCUGACAACCUGACUCUCCUGGAAGAGAGGGUGAAGGAGAAUGAGUUCUACCGAUGUGUCCCCUUUCAGGUUCCAGUGUUCCCUGAAGAAACCAUUGUGUAUCUCCGAGCCGAAGUGAAAGGAAAAACAGUCGACUUGGAGAAACGACAAAAAGUCCUGAUUAGUUCAACUAAGCCCCUGAUGUUUAUACAGACAGACAAACCCAUCUAUAAACCUGGCCAGACAGUUAAAUUUCGAAUUGUCACGCUGGACACACAUUUUGUUCCUAUCAAUGAAAAGUACAAAACUGUGGAACUGCAGGACCCCGCGACUAAUCGCAUCGCUCAGUGGCUCGACAGGACGUCCGUCAGUGGGAUUCUGGACUUGUCACAGCCCCUCAGUUCCGAAGCCCCCCAAGGAACAUACACACUUCAUGCAGAGACAGAAAGUGGCAAUCACAUUAGACAGUUUUUUAACAUCAAGGAGUACGUCCUACCCAAGUAUGAGGUGAAGGUUCAUCUCCCCAAAUCAAUCACCAUCUUGGAUGCAGAGGUCACAGUCAAGAUCUGUGCAAAGUACACCUAUGGGAAGCCUGUCUUGGGGAAGGUAACAGGAAAAUUCUGCCGGCCCAAAUGGAACAUGUACUGGUAUCGAAGGCCCGAUAAUGUGGAGAACAACGACAUCUGCCAUUUGUUUAACGUUCUGACUGACAAGACUGGUUGUGUGACCGAAGUUAUUGAUCUGAAAGAAUUUGCAUUGAAUGCGACUGGCUACUCUGAUCGGUUUAAUGUGGCGUGUGAUCUGGAAGAAGAAGGAACAGGUGUUCAACUGAGUGGCUCCAGUUCCAGUACAUUCACCUCUAAUGUUAAUGAAGUCAGUUUCGAGGGGGCACAGAAUACCUUUAAAAAGGGCAUCCCCUUUAAGGCAAAGAUCAAGAUGACCGGACCUGACUCUUCCCCCCUCCCACACGAGAAGGUUCAUCUCAUCAUCCGAUGGGACAACCACACCGAGACCAUGAACUUCACCACGGACAGCAGGGGCCUGGUCCCCAUCUCACUGGACACCUCAUCCUGGGACACCCAGUCUGUCAGGCUUGAGGCUCGCUACUCUCUGCUGGAUUACUUUUUUGAUUAUCAGUUGGUCCGUCCCACAUAUGGUAUCGCCAAUCUGUGGCUCAAUCCCUUUUAUUCCAAGAGCAAGAGCUUCCUGAAGAUCCAGGAGAACGAGGGCAAGCUUCAGUGCGGGGAGGAAGCACCAAUCAGCAUUGUUUACAUCAUCCAGGGGGAGGAGCUGGCAAAGGGGGAGGAGUUUAUGGAUUUCUAUUAUCUGGUUUUAGCUAAAGGAAGCAUUGCUCGGAAUGGGCGUGUUGGGGUCCCGAUGAAGGCAGGACAAGUGUCAGAGGGAGAGUUCUCCUUCAAGCUGCCGGUGUCGUCACACUUAGCCCCUUACGCUCAGGUCCUUGUCUACGCUGUGUUCCCGAACGGGGAGAUUGUUGCGGACAGCUUUGAUUUCCAGGUCGACAAGUGUUUUAAGAACAAGGUAGAUCUCAAGUUCUCAGCUCCUCAGGAGCUCCCUGGAGAGGACACCACCGUUCACCUGCGUGCCGAUCCUGGGUCCCUGUGCGCUCUCCGGGCGGUCGAUCAAAGCAUUAUACUGAUGGAGCCUGAUAAGGAACUGACUGUAGACACUGUAUACAACCUGCUCCCCACUCAAAAGAGAGAUGGAUAUUCAUACAGAGUGGAGGAUUAUGAACCCUACCCUUGCCUACCGUCUCCAUUUCACAGAGUGGACAAGCGCUCCAUAAUGCCAUACUACCAUAGUAGAUCACAUGAUGAUGUAUACGGGAUCUUUAAGGGUCUGGGUCUGAAGAUUCUGUCUAACUCUGAUGUGAAGAAGCCAAUUGAGUGUCACUGGUUAUAUUCAGAUAGGGUGACAUCUAUAGCGUUCAGUCAACCAGGCGUAGUUGGUCAAGCAAGCCCAUUUAUUCCUAUGAUAGAGCGUAUGAUGAAGCCUGUGAUAGAGACUGUCCGGAAGUACUUCCCUGAGACAUGGAUCUGGGAGCUGGUUCCAGUUGGGAAGUCUGGCUCAGUGGAGAUUACACACACAGUUCCAGACACCAUCACUGAGUGGAAGGCAGGGGCAUUCUGCACAUCUCCUCUGGGAUUUGGUAUGGCGCCCCCAACUGGGCUCACAGCAUUCCAGCCCUUCUUCGUGGAGCUCACUCUACCCUACUCUGUCAUCAGAGGGGAGCAGUUUGAGCUGAAGGCCACCGUCUUCAACUACCUGUCCCAGUGCAUCAUGGUGAAGGUCAGCCAUGCAGAGUCUUCCCAGUUUCAGAUGACGCCCUGUGAGGGGUGUGAGUACACGACCUGCCUGUGUGCCGAUGAAGCCAGGACAUUCCGCUGGGCUUUCAUCCCCUCAGCGCUGGGUGAGGUGAAUGUGACAGUCAGCGCUCAGGCUCUUCAGACAGACACUCUGUGUGGUAAUGAAGUGGUGGCUGUCCCUGAGAGAGGCCGCAUUGACACGGUCAUCCGCAAACUACUGGUGGAGGCUGAAGGAAUAGAACAGACUGUUACCCAGAAUGCACUGAUGUGUCCCGGAGGGAGUGCUGUGAAGGAGGAGAUCUCCUUGAAGCUGCCAGAAGUGACCGUGAAUGGAUCAGCUAAGGCUUCCUUGUCGGUUCUCGGGGACCUGCUGGGCCGGGCCAUGCAGAACCUGGACCGGCUCCUUGCCAUGCCCUUCGGCUGCGGAGAACAGAACAUGGUGCUCUUCGCUCCCAACAUCUACAUCCUGAAAUACCUGCAGGGGACCGGGCAGCUGACUGAGGAGAUCAAAGCCAAAGCCACAAGGUUCCUGGAGAGUGGUUACCAGCGGGAACUGAACUACAAACACGAAGAUGGUUCUUACAGUGCCUUUGGGAAGAGCGAUGACUCUGGAAACACCUGGUUGACAGCCUUUGUGUUAAAGUCGUUUGGCGGGGCGCUGCCCUUCAUUUACAUCGACCCCAAACAUAUCAAGGACGCACAGGACUGGUUGGGCCACCACCAGCAAAAGAACGGCUGUUUCCUGAGCGUUGGAAAACUCUUCCACAACAACAUGAAGGGGGGAGUCGGGGACGAAGUGUCGCUGACAGCCUACAUCACCGCGGCCCUGCUAGAGGUGGAGACCCCUCUCACUGACCUCGUGUUAAACAACAGUCUGGCUUGUCUGAGGUCUGCGGUCGACAAUAUAACCAACACAUACACCACAGCGCUUCUGUCCUACACCUUCAGCCUGGCAGGAGAGCAGGAGAUGAGAUCAAAACUACUCACUGAGCUGGAAGAGCAAGCACACAAGACAGACGGCUCCCUGCACUGGUCGCGCUCCAAACGGGAUUCUAGAAGGAGCGACUCUCUGGAAGUGGAGAUGACGGCCUACGUGCUGAUGUCUGUUCUCUCCGCACCCCAGCCGUCUGCCUCCGAUCUCAGCUACGCUUCCCGGAUUGUCAAGUGGCUGGCUUACCAGCAGAACCCUUACGGAGGAUUCUCGUCCACACAGGACACAGUGGUGGCUCUGCAGGCCCUGGCUCGGUACAGUGCCCUGGUCUACUCCCCAGAGGGCUCCAGCACUCUCACAGUGCGUUCUAAAGGGGGCUUCAUGAGACAGUUCCACCUGGACCAGAGCAACAGGCUGCUCUACCAGGAGGAGCCACUGCAGGAAGUCCCUGGGGAAUACAGCGUGGAGGCAGAGGGCAAGAACUGCGUCUUUGUGCAGUUGGCACUCCGGUACAACAUCCCCCCCCCUCCCGGGUUCUCCACCUUCAACAUCUCCGCGGAGGCGAGGGGGCUCUGCAUUGCCACUGAUAAGAAGACCCUGAAAGUGCUCUUCACAGUCAGUUACAAUGGGAAAAGAGAGGUAACCAACAUGGUGAUCGUGAAUGUGAAACUGCUCUCUGGAUUCAGCCCUGACAAGCUCUCUCUGGAGAAUCUUCAAAGAGCCCCCCUUGUGAAGCGUGUUGAUACAGAGGACGGGCACGUCAUCAUCUAUAUUGAUGGGCUGAUACGAUUGCUACCCAUGAAUUACGCCUUCAACAUCAUUGAGGAUUUUAACGUGAGGAACCUGAAACCAGCUGUGGUCAAGAUCUACGACUACUACCAGACAAGUGAACAUGCCGAAUCUGAAUACAGCUCCCCCUGCCAUGAACCUGAGGAAGUCAAUGAAGUCUAACGGACCAGCUGACCAGCACUGACCAUUCCCCAAAAUCGACUUCCUGUUAUUCCUAUUGUAAUUGCUAUAUGUUCAGAAAAAAUGCUUUUUAGGUCAAAUAAAGUUGCAAAAAUUGCAUUUGUAUAAAUGAA